AUGAUCAGAUCUAAGACUACCUUUGAGGCGUGGAUGAAUUUGACGGAUCGAUAUGCUACUGUGUCUAGUGCUUGUGUGAAUCUCUUGAAGACAAAGCUUCAAACUGCUAAAAAAGGCACUGAUUCUAUCGAGAAGUUCUUACUUCACCUCAAACAUGUCCGUGAUCAGCUUGCUGUUGUUGGUAUUUCUAUCUCUAAUGAUGAUUUGAUGAUUGUGGUGUUGAAUGGCCUUUCUUCUAAGUAUGACAUGAUCAAGACUGUGCUUAUUGCUCGUGAUGCUACAAUUUCUUUCAAAGAUUUCCGUAAUCAUUUGCUUGCAGCUAAAUAA